ACCAGCUAACGCUCAUCGGGCACUAGCGGCUAGCUAGCACCGUCGCUAGCUGCCUCGAGCUAACGUUAACGUCGGGGGGUGUUUGCUUAGCUACGGGAAUGCAGAGAUGCAGGCAUCUUGUCACGUCUCGCAGAGUUCAGUUGUUGCUCUUUUGUGUCGACGUAGUGUCAUUCGCAAGGCGCCGGGGAGUUUUAGUGACAGCUAGCGGCUAACGCCAAAUUGGAAUCGGGUAACGUUAAGUGGGAGGAAUGCUAACAGUGCUAGCAAGCUAACGCUGGUGUUUAUUAAAUUGAGGGUUGUCAACUUCCCAUUAAAGGACUUCAGCGAACCAGCCCGACAGUUCAAUUUAAUAACUUUUUUGGCGGAUCUGCGUCGGCUGGCUUGUUAACCCAUCGGUUAACAAUAAUGUUGUUAAUCAUUGGUUUCGUGCACAUUUGUUAGCUGAGCCUGAUUCGUUUUGUGUGCUCAUCGGAAGGGGUUGUGGGGGCUUACGUCAACGUUACUGUCCAGUCACUAAAAAGACCCGUUUGGCUAAACGCUGAGCAGCUGGCUACACAACUGAGAUCAGAACCGAUCAUUAGCGGUCUCCAGCCGACAACACAGAAGUCCUCAUAGUGAGGUUUGGCACACAGCGACAGGGAUCGGACGAGGUCAUGGCCAAUCGGGGAGGAGCUACGAGACCCAAUGGACCCAACGCAGGGAACAAGAUCUGUCAGUUUAAGCUGGUGCUCUUGGGGGAGUCAGCUGUUGGAAAGUCCAGCUUAGUUCUCCGCUUCGUCAAGGGUCAGUUCCAUGAAUUCCAGGAGAGCACAAUAGGGGCUGCCUUUCUCACCCAGACAGUGUGUUUAGACGACACAACAGUGAAGUUUGAAAUCUGGGACACUGCCGGUCAGGAGCGUUACCACAGUUUGGCCCCCAUGUAUUACCGAGGAGCCCAGGCGGCCAUCGUGGUCUACGACAUCACAAACGAGGAGUCUUUUGCGCGAGCAAAGACCUGGGUGAAGGAGCUGCAGAGACAAGCUAGCCCUACUAUAGUCAUCGCUUUGUCAGGCAACAAGGCUGACCUAGCCAGCAAGAGAGCUGUGGACUUCCAGGAUGCCCAGUCCUACGCAGAUGACAACAGCUUACUCUUCAUGGAGACAUCGGCAAAGACAUCGAUGAACGUGAAUGAGAUAUUUAUGGCCAUUGCAAAGAGAUUGCCGAAGAGCGAGCCGCAGGCCGUGGGACCCAACAGCGGGCGGAACCGGGGGGUGGACCUGACGGAGGCCGCCCAGCCGGCCAAGGCGCCGUGCUGCAGUAACUGACGUGGAGAACGGCGUCCUUCCAACCAGCCUGUAGAGCAGUAACUAAUGCGGAAAAUGCCCCGAAUGCCACCGCAGUAACGCAAUGUGUUUGUACUCCUGUCUUCAAUUCCCCGAUGUGCGAAACGAUGCCCCCCGCCCUGUCCUUUCUGAUAUUACAUAUAUCAAUCAUUAUUGAUGGAUUAAUGUCAACAAAUAGCGACAUUAGUGUUCUUGGCAUUUCAUUCCUUUUCAGCUUGUAGAUAUAAUUUAGAGGAUUUUCUUUUUAAGACUUUACAACAGUAUUUCUAAUACCAGUUAUCUGUCUUCUGUUCAAUUUUUGAGGAUUUUCUUAUUUGUUGCAAUAUUUUUUUCAAUCUUAUGGAUUCACAAACCUAUAUACUUACACGGCCCAAGAUAGAAAAACUCCAAACCUUUUGUCUGCAGUAGCGCCGAAAUGUCUGUUAGCGAAGGAUAAGGAAACUCUUAUGAAUCUAAUAAAAACAAAAAGGCAGAGAUAGAAAGACACAAACCUCUAAGGGCCAAACCCCUCUGUUGUUUGGACCCUUUUACCUUAAGUUUAAAAACUGUUUGUGGAGGGUAGUCCCUUUUAGAUCAUCCUGCCUGGCCAUGCCCUUUCCCCCACUAAACCCAAAGUAGCACUAGUGAACAUUAAGGGUCCAUUCUGGAGCCAUGCCUGCUUCUAGCUGUCCCGAGUGGCAUUGUGCAAUGUUUCACAGUAUUAAAUCUGUGACUAUACUGUCUGCGAGGACCAAUGCAGCGCAGCAAAAAAAAAAACGGCUCCCGUCAAAACGAGGCACGUGUGGCCUCUGGGGGCCACGUCGGUGUCACCACCCUCCCACCUCCUGAUGCUGCAUCCCUUCACUCGUCUUGUGCAGGCCGUCCAUGCGUUUAAACCUUGGUUUCUGUCUUCGGAGGAUUUUCUGUGUGAAUAUGACCUUUUCCAUUGUGUUUAAUAUUGCUGGGUUUGCACCUGGUAAAAGAAGCGAAGACGAGGGUAGUGAGUUGGGAGUUGCAAUAUGUAAGGCUGCUUCAUAAUCACCUCUGAAUCAAAAUGAUUUGCCAUCUUCUCUUGUUUAGGAAGUGCUUUCGACACAGUCGUGUGUCAGUCUGUACAGCCGGCGCUGGCUGGCUGAUGACAGAUUUCAUUAAUAGACUCACUUACACAUGUCCAUUUAAGUGUGUGUGUUUGAUCACACAUUUGCACCCGAACAGACACAUUACAUUGACUUCUUCUAAUUGUAUAUAAACACACACAGUCUGUUACAACUCUUAAGGUUGAGAGUACACUUUAUUUCCCUUUCCCACUCACCUCACUUUAAUGUUACACCUCCAACACACACACACACACACAUAGAUGUGCAUACAUGCAUACAUGUGAUCACUGUUUUUGCAGGUCUUUCUCAUGCCUUGUACUAAUGAUGCUCAUGAAUAUAUCUUGUCAUAAUUACAGCCAGUGUGAUAUAUAUAAAUAUAUAUAUAAAUAAUAUACUGUAAAUAUGUUGUUGCAGUUUAGUCUACCUUUUUUCAAUUUACCAGUGACAGGACUAAUGCUCUCUAUAGGCGGUUGUCUACUCGUUAAAAAAACUGUACAGUUAGCAGGGGAAAAAAUGUUUUUUCACACAAGCGGUUAAAUUAGAAUCAGUGGUGUUCUUUUAGAUGUUUGUAUUGUUAUUAACAAAAAAUGAAAUUGCAUUUAUUUAGUCAUCUGUCUUGUAUCUUUUUCUCAAAAGAAAAAAAAAAAGAAUAUCCAAACAUUUUGGUUUCUAUUUUUUUAACAUGAUUUCCUUCUUGCACUUCAUAAUGAUUUUUCUUGUCGUAUCAGGCUACUCGUCCAGCACUGCUUCCUGUUAUCAGAGAUCUUCCUGAAAGUGGUAAAAAGCUCCAGACGAGUCGGACACAAUACGAAACAGAUUGAUUAACCACACGGCUGCCCCUCCAUAACAAUUCAGUAACCUUGUGACGAUAUUGUCGGGGCAGUGUAACAAUUUAUCAGAUGGCACAAUGGUGGUUCAUGAAUAAAUUAAUUAACAAAUUCUAAGGAUGUAAAUUGUAUGUUUUUUUUGCCGUGAACUAAACAUUUAAACGCAAGCAUUUUACAGUUCUGGUAUGUAAUGACCAAAUACUGAAAUAAAUCUGACCAUUUCUUACUGUA